GACUCUUUGUCACAGCUUACCAUUUCGUCUCGAGUGUUUUCGUCUGUAACAGAUUGUUUUCCGUGAAUUAUUAAGUGGAAAAAGCCAGCUCCAGUAUGUCUAAGGCUCCUUCAGGUUCAUAUCCAAAGCAGGGUGCAGGAUACCCAACCCAACAGCCAGCAUACCCAACCCAACCUCAGCCCAUGCAGUAUCCACUGCAAGGACAGUUUGUAGGUGCUGCAAGGGGGCAAAUGUAUGGUGUCCCACCUCCUCCAUACAGCGAAAUGCCAGUAUCAGGACAUGCCCCCCAACAAGCUCCUAGAGGAAUGUACAAUCCUCAGCUACAGAUGCAGCAGUAUCCUGGUAUGGCUCCUGGAGGACAUUAUCCCAGGCAACAUUAUCCUGUGGGACAAUACCCUGCACAGGGUCCCCCACAACAACUGGCACAUGGUACCUUUGACCCUGGGGCUAGAUUUGGAGCUGGAUCAACAGUGAAUAUUCCACCCCCUCCACCAGGAUAUGCUCCCAAUGCAGCCCAGGCGAUGGCUUCACAAGGUCAACCUGUCAAUGUUCAACAAAGACAAGCUGGAUGGUUCAGUGGAGGUACAGAUGGUGGAUAUACCUUUUGGUAAAACCUCUGUAGGUGGUCAUCCAACUGUCUGAACUGUACUCUGCUGUUAAUUAGUGAAAACCAUUAGAAUGUAAAUCAUGCUAAAUGAAUAGGUUUCAUUGAAAUCAGUGUGGCUUAAUGAAGAAAUCUCUAGAUACCUUAACAAAUUUGUUACCUAGUUGUGUUACCUAGUUGUGCUGAGUUAAUUUCUUGGUCUUGAACCUUAUCUCUCUAAAGAACUGGAAUUAACAAUCAGCUGAUGAUUUCAUAGUUUAAGGGCAAUCAAAACCAAUUUGGGAGUAUUUAAUGUUGGAGUUGUUUUUAAAGAGAUGGAAAAGAGGGGACUUCUGGAAUAUUGGUUGCCAAGUGUCAUUAUGGUAUUUUACUUACGUUAUGAUUUUAUUUUCACAAUUUUGGUUCCUUCUCUUUUGUUUUGCAAUAUACUUAGUUAUCUUUUACCUACCACCAUUGAUUUUGAGAAAUUACUGCAAUAGUCUUGACUUUAAGUGAUGUGCACUGUUAGUUUUAAUAGUAGUUGAUCAGUUUAACCUACUGGCUGAGCUUUGGAAAUUUUAUUGCAGAUGGGCACAUUGACGAAAUAUGAAGAUUGUUGAUCUUUUGUUUGAAAAAAACUACUUCUGUUUCUGCCACUCAGUUCUGUUUGUAGUCUAAACUGUUCAUUUUCCUGCUGUUAAUGGCUUCAAUUAUAUCUACACUAUAAUUACAUGAAAGUAGUACAAACGCAGAAAAAAAAAAAGGGUCUUCUGA